GCUCGCUUACUUGCUUUUCUGCCGAGCAACGUGGUGAGAGGAAGGAACUGAGCUACGCUCCCAUUCAUUUCGAAACUACAGCCAAGAAACACACAAAAUACAACAAAAUGCCUUGUCGAAAGGAGGACUACAUCCUCUUGGAGCAGUCUGUUACCGUCGAUUCAAAAGAAGUGGACGCUUUGGUCACGAAAAUCGGUGAGGCGCUGCAGCUUCACAACAAUAGUGCUAAUCAGAAGACGAUGUCAUGUCUCCACGGUCUCACCAGCAACUGCAGCAGUAACAACAUCAUCAAACAAGCCAACAAUGGCGUGGCCCUGCAAAAACGUACCGGGUGRUGCAUACGGCUUCGAAACCGGAGGCAACGUAGUAACAGAGCUAGUCCAUACAGUUUCCCUGGCUCAAGUAACCAGGCGUGGGACAAUUUCAAACGUUGGGACCGAAAGGGGAUCAACGCAGCUGUCGAGAAGGACGACCCACAUCAGUUACUUCAGGAAUUAAUAUUGUCUGGGAAUCUAAUCAAAGAAGCAGUCAGGCGGCUGCAGUUCUCUACGACGGAGUGUGGAGAUAUUUCGGACAAUCUGCAAUGCUGAUGUUGCGGACAAUGUAUUCAUUAAUGAUAUUUUACGGACAAAACUUAAACUAUUUUGCUGACAUAGCUAGACUAUACAUGUUGAGAACGAUUAAAUGUCAUGGUGGUAACGUCGUUAGCAUGUCUACUUUGUGACCGCUAAUUUAGGUUUUUCAUUUAGCCAAUGAGUUAGCUAGUUAACGUUAGCCAUGUUUGUAACUCACUUCAUCUUGAUGGUUCGUUAGAUUUUUGUUUAUGGGUGGGGACUCCUUUUCCCACUUCGUUGGCUUAGUUAGUAGCUAGUUAUGUAAACCAAGUGAAUGUUAUGUCAACCAAGUGAAAGCUUUACGUUGACAUUGUUUACAAAUCUAAUCUCAGGCCGCCAACAUUGCCUGUUUUGGUCCUUUAGUUUGAAUCGGGUCGUUUCAAAUCUAAGGUCUUACGUUACUAGUUAGCAUUCUAGGCUAGCGCCACACUCAUACCAGGGUUAAUUCCUAACCCCCAGCAAGGCAGCACUGUGACUACUUCGACGGCAGCUUUGUAUUUCCUUUACCCAGAAGGAACGGGAUCGACAACCAGCUACCAAACCGUGUAAMAGACGGAGGCAGGCGACAUUUCAAAUGGUUCUGACUAAAUGUCUCUUCGAACUGGUUGGGGGCGGUGUAUUUUUUUUCUCUUCAUAAUGGGAUACGGAUGUGUUUCAUUUCCCCAUUGUCUGUGUCAAGUGAUUUACCAUGACCACUUCGCAACGAAGUAUUUUAUAAUGUUCCUGAGUAUUCAGGCCUUUGUCUUAAAAUAAACARGGUGUUUUUCAAUUUUGUGUGUGUUUUUCGCCAUCAGAUAAAGGUUCCAAUAAAAUAUAGCAAGUAACUACA